AUGGAUCAUGCUGCCGAGCAUGUGGGAGUGAAAGGUAGACACGGGGAAGAAAAGACAGAUCGAGCACAGCAGGCACUGAGAACUAUGGCGCCGCUCUGCUCUACACUGCCCCUACCCAGCCUACGACAUGCUCUCCUGAAGAGCUAUCUCCUCCACAGACUGUAUACCGUCCCGCCUCCGCUGAAUCCGCCACCAACCUCCCCAAACACCGUAUCGGCACCCGCCAUCGUCGGCUCUACCAGAUUCCCCUUCAACCACCGAGCCGACGUGCUUGACAGAGAUGCUGUCAUGGUAUCCAGCGGAUGGGAUAGUUGGGGCAAUAUCAAUGUUUUGAGAGAUGGUUUCGACCCCGCGCUGGUGGAGAAGGGUUGGAAAGUCAGCUUGAGCAGGUAUAUUGCCCAGUCUCAUCUCGAAGAGUUCUGGCAGGCGUUUCUCCCCUCCUUCGCGUUUCCUCCCCCGCAAUCUCCUGCCAACUUUGCGACAGUCACCGAGCCCUCCCAAAACUUCCUCUCCAGCCAACUCGACCUCCUCACGAAAAACCCCGACCGAGAACCCCGCCGAUCUUUCCGCCACGCCCCUUCCGCCGCCUCAUCCUCCAACGUUCCCUCUGCUACCAACCCCGGCGCGGGUGGGUUCAACAAUGCCGCCGUCGGGCCUAUGGGCGGUGCUGCCGAGCGUUUGAGCUUGCCCGGUGUUGAGAAGGUCAUGCAGGAGAUGGAAGGUCGGAUUGGGGAGGGAGGGAGAGCCGAAGGACAAGUUUGCGAGGCUAGGGAGUAA